AUGAAGCGUGUUUUGGAUGAGCAGCAAGAGCCGCGUCUACCUCCGUCUGUGGAGUUAAAGCUCCGGCAAAUCUGUGAGAGCAAAAUGCAACCUUGGCCGGAUGAUGACGUCAUACGGCAGCUGGCGGCUCUGAGUGAGGAGUCGGCAAAUGAGACCCUGGAGAGAAUCUCAACCAGUAAAAACAUCAGAACCCUCGGCGGUUAUAUCAAGUGGAUGAUCCGGCAGCAAUGUACGGCUGCUUCUUCUCCGUCGCCGUCCAAAACGGUGCGUUCUGCUCAUGUUCAAAGCCCUGGUGCUAGUUCAAUUGUUCCUCGGAGACUUCAGUUUGGUACUCCAGGUGAGGCGUUUGGUGUUGUAGAGCAACCCGGAAGCUGUAAUGGAAGCUGUGUUGCUCAUGGACAAGUUGAUGAGAGGUUUCGAGGUGAGGCAGUUAGUGACAGGUCACCUUACUGCUAUGGUUCUCCAUUGAAAGCAACAGGGAGUUGUUCUUAUCAAAGAUUGUCUACUCAUGCACAAGUUCAUGAGAGGUCACAAGGUGAGGCAUUUAAUCACCUGCCACCUGUUAGAGGUCAACCACCUUAUUCAUCGGGUUCUCCGAUGAAACUUGCAGGCACUUCUUCUCAAAGACUGUCUGGUCCUGGCCAACUUGAUGAUGGGUUUCAAGGUGAGGCAUUUACUGUUCUAGAGCAACCCGGAAACAACAACAAUACACAAUCACCUUAUUCUCCAGUGAAAGUGGCACACACUUAUUCUUGUCAAAGCAAGUUUGACGGUGAAGCGUUUGGUGUUGUAGAGCAACCCGGAAGCUGUAAUGGAAGCUCUGUUGCUCAUGUACAAGUUGAUGAGAGGUUUCGAGGUGAGGCAGUUAGUCAUAGGUCACCUGUUGUUGGAAACUUACCUUACUGCUAUGGUUCUCCGUCGAAAGCCGCGGGGAGUUGUUUGUAUCAAAGAUUGUCUAAUCAUGCACAAGUUGAUGAGAGGUCACAAGGUGAGGGAUUUCAUCACCUUUCACCUGUUAGUGGUCAAUCACCUUAUUCAUCGGGUUCUCUGAUGAAAGCUGCAGGCAGUUCUUCUCAAAGACUGUCUGCUCCUGUACAACUUGAUGACCCGUUUCAAGGUUUGUCACUACUUUCACUUUCUCAAGUUGAUUCAUUUUUGUUGGUGGUCAAUCCGUCAGUGGUGUUAUAUGACUAUGUUAAAGCUUUUGGUGAAGGUGAGGCAUUUACUGUUCUAGAGCAACCCGGAAGCAACAACAAUACACAAUCUCCUUAUUCUCCAGUGAAAGUGGCACACACUUGUUCUUGUCAAAGCCCAUCUGCUUCUGUUGCUCGUGUACAACUUGAGAAGAGGUUUCAGGGUCUGUCGUGCUUCCAUUUUUUCAGCUUCAUGCAUUUGUUGGGGUCAGCGCCUCAGCGGUGUUUUAUGAUUAAAGGUUUUGGUGCAGGUGGGGUAUUUACUGAUCAGACACCUGUUCAAGGACUAUCAGCAUAUGCUGGUUCUCCAUCAAAAGCCGUCUGCAUUUCUCCAUAUCAGAGACCGUCAUCUGAUGUUAUUCCUGUACAACUUCAUCCGAGGUUUCAAUGUGAGGGUAUCACUAGGUCCUCAGUUAUAGACAAACCUGAAGACCAUGGAGAAGCACACUUGGCAGCUCUGGGAGAACUUGAAUAUAGAAGACAAUUUCUCAUAUUGAGUUACGCUGGAGGAAUGAAGUUGAGGGAUCUUAUAGUGGCAGAGGCCAUUAGGCAUUGGAAAGAUUUGCCAAUGGUAAUGUUUGAGAGCACAGUUUGGGAACAUCUAGGUCGAAAAUGCAUCAGCACUGAAGACCGUCGAUUGUAUUUUGAUUGGGAUUCUGGAAGCACACAUGUCUAUCAUUGUUAUGUCAACGUGGAUGGGAGUUACAGAUUCAAGGGCCCAUAUCUAUAUAAGAUAAGAAGGACGCUCCUACAGAAAGAAUUAGGAGAUGAUAAUGUUCUAAUGGUGAAGUUUGCUAAAGAAGAGGUGCAGAGAGGUCAAAGUGGUGCUUGCCACAAUUAUCCUACGUAUAUGAAGGUUGCAAGAGAAGGGAUUCUUGUUGGUUUGAGGCGAUAUCGUUUCUUUGUGUUCAAAGAUGGUGGUAAUGAGGAAAAAAAGAAAAACCCAACCUCAUCACCUGUGAAAUGUUACUUUGUUCGAGUGGCCUCUGAUGCAGCCAUAGACAAAGGUGUCUAUUAUAGAUUAUCUCAUAUGACGAUGUAUGAAGCCAGAUGUCUUUUCAUGCAUGCACAUACUCUGGCUAGUAUCGAUAACUACAUGGCUAGGUUUUCACUCAUUUUGUCCAAGACAAUGAGCUUAAAAGCAGAUUGGUCACUUGUCAAGGUUGAGAUAAUCGAUGAAGAAUACUGUCUUGAUGAAUCUGGUAAUUGUAUCUAUAGAGAUGAAAAACCUCUUAUACAUACAGAUGGAACUGGAUUCAUAUCUGAGGAUUUGGCUUUACUUUGUCCAAAGAUAGAAGCCAAAGGACAGUGGAUAAGCGAUGAACACAUGAAGGGACUUCCUGAUCCUGAUGAACUUGAUGAUACGGGAAAGAACCGGGCAGGUCUUAGAACUGAAGAGCCGCCUUUGCUCAUACAGUGCCGACUUUUUCACAAUGGCAGUGCUUCUAAAGGAACGCUCCUUGUCAAUAAGAAGCUUCAACCAAACAGAAUCCAGAUUCGACCAUCAAUGCUUAAAGUUAAGACAGAUCCAGUGAUUUCCAAUAAUCAAACACUGAACUCUUUGGAAAUAGUUGGCACAAGUACUCCUCCUAGGAAUACUCAUUUGUCAAGGAUACUAAUUGCACUUCUAGUGCAUGGAGGGGUGCCAGAGGAAUUUUUCAUGCAGAUACUCAACAAGGCUUUGGAAGAUUCUCAUGGUGUUUUCUGCAAGAAACGUGCAGCACUUAAAGUUGCUGAGAAGUAUGGUGAGAUGGAUGACAAUUUCUUGGGAAGAUUAAUGAUCUCAUUUGGGAUACCUCUAGAAGAGUCAUACUUGCGGUAUCGUCUGUCAGUCCUCAUGAAAGAGGAAAACAACAGUCUCAGGAAAGGGAGACUUUAUAUUCCUGAUUCGUAUAAUUUGAUGGGGACAGCUGAUCCAACAGGGACUUUAAAAGAAGAUGAAGUCUGCGAUGGACAACUGUCUGGGAAGGUACUAGUUUACAGGUAUCCAGGUUUACACAUUGGGGAUAUUCAUGUUCUAAAGGCCACCUAUGUAAAGGAGAUAGAAUAUAUUGUUGGAAAUGCCAAAUACGGUAUAUUCUUCUCUUGCAAAGGUCCACGUUCCAUUGCUGAUGAAAUGGGUGGUGGAGAUUUUGAUGGUGAUCUCUACUGGGUCUCAAGAAACCCUCAGCUAUUGGAGUGGUACAAACCAAGUGAACCUUGGAUUGAAGCUUCAAUAUCAACUAAAAAAAAUCCCAGUAGGUGUCCAUCUGACCAUUCGCCUGAAGAUCUAGAGGAUGUUCUGUUCAGGUCAUUCCUGACAACUAGGUUUGAACCAAGUUUUGCUAUGAGUGAGGCUGCUGAUAACUGGCUGGCUUGGAUGGAUCACUUCUUGACUCUAGGAGAUAGUAACAUUCAUGAAAAGAAUAAUGUGAAGGAAAAGAUACUGCAGCUGGUUGACUUGUACUACACAGCACUAGAUGCUGCAAAGAAAGGCGUAAAGGUUGACGUCCCAAAAGAAUUGAAGGUCUCAUGUUUCCCCCAUUACAUGGGGAAGAACAGGUCUUACCCUUCAACUUCCAUUUUGGGAUCAAUUUAUAACAGGGUGGAUGAGCAUCAAACAGAGGACCGUUCUCUCAAAGAAGUCGAGAAACUUCCUGCUUUUGAUGAAAAUGAAGUCCCUGAUGCCUGCUUGGACAAAUGGGCGGAACUACAUAGACAGUAUAGGAAGGAGAUGGCCUCAGCUUUGGACGACGAUGAUAAACAAAGCAAAAAUCAGUCUGCCGAUGUGGUCAUAAGGAAAUAUAGAAAGAUUCUAUACGAGGCAAAUGACUUUGAGGAGAGUAGAAGGCCGAUUGAGGAGAUAUAUAACGAGGCACAUGCUAUAUAUCAUGUGUGUUAUGACCAUGCGAAGAGGGUAGGCAAUGUGAAGGUGUGUUCCUUUGCGUGGAGAGUCGCAGGUAAAGCUCUUUGCCAGCUUCACGCUAGGAACAACAACGAAAGGUUUUGUACAAUAGUAUCCUCUGUUUUGAUGGAGAUUUUGUAA